AGAUACCUUGCAGUUUAGGAUAGAUUAAGUCACAAACACAUAGAUCAGAGAGUUAAAAUUCUUGAGUGGCUGAGACGGCGAUGAAUAAUCGAGAGGUGGUUGUUCUGAGCGUGGGAGGUGUGCGAUUUGUAACCUGGGCUUCUACCUUGCAGCAGUUCCCUGAGUCCAGGCUAGCACGGAUGUUGAACAAUAAUGACCGGGAGUUUAAACUGAUGAACGGAGAGUUUUUUGUGGACAGAGAUGGAACUUUGUUUAGUUACAUCAUGGACUUCUUGAGGACUCUCCAGGUCUCCUUACCUACUAAUUUCUCAGACUAUCAGAGGCUGCAGAGAGAAGCAGAAUUCUAUGGGCUCUACACUCUGGCCGAGCUCCUGAGCCAGGAACACUUGCUGAAGCCAAGGCUGGAGGUCUUGGAAGUGCGUUUCUCUCUCCAUGAGAUGCAGGCCUUUUUCCGGAUCUUUGGUUCCUGCAGUACCACUGUUGAGACACUGGCUGAACAGAUCACUGUGUUCACAGGGCAGCAGUCCGGACGGAGCUGGAACAGCCCUUUUCCUUCUCAGAAAUCACUCGUUCCACUUCCUUUGGAAAGACCUUCUCAUCAUGACCUGGUUUUUCAGUGUGGUACGGACUACUCUGCUGGUGACCAGUUUGUGGCCAGGUAUGUUUCCAUACAGCCUGAUAAUAGAAAGCUGAUUAACGGUACUAAUGUGCUAGGGCUGCUGCUUGACACUUUACUCAAAGAUGGAUUUCGCCUCAUAAGCACCAGGACAGUCUCCAAUGAAGAAAAAGUCGAAUGCUACAGUUUCGAAAGGAUGAAGAGGCCAGCAGGCCUUACCAUCACAGUGGACCAAACCCCAGGGAGCUCCGGGGUCACACAGGCAAAGAGAAGCCAAGCACAGAAAGGGAAAUAAAGGCUUUUCCUUUCAUCUUUUGAAGGUGGAAAAGGGGUGUGUCAGCAGUAGUGGCCUUUCUUUGUUGGCUUGUUUGAAGUUGCAACUAUUGAGGGAAGUAACAAACAAACAAUUUGCCCCCCCCAGUAUUCAGGAAAAAAAAAAAAUUGCUUUCCUGCCUUUUACCACUCCACCCUCUCCAACUCUAAAUAAAAGAACCACAGAUUCAAUACUGGGUUUAUGGACCAGAUUCCAGCAUUUUCAAGGGUUGUUUUUGUUUUGCUUUGUGGCUAAAAUUUAUAUUAGGACUCGCAAAAAAUCAACCAUUUCUUCUAGAAAACAAUGUUUAUGUUCUGUGUGAAUCUUUAAGUAAAAUUGAAAUACGUGAUAAUACAUGAAGAAAUAACAGCUUGACACAAUUAUCAUCCCCCCUGUUUGGAGAAGCGGCUGGAGGAGGAAUGAAAGCCUCAGUGGCUGAAUAUUGAUUCUGCUUUCAAAAGAUACAUGUACACGGAUUCUCUUGCAAUUAGCUGAAAGCAACGUAACAGAAACAUCCCAAGUUGUGCUGCUGUGUGGCUCCAGGCAUGAGAAAGUGGCUUGGGAAGUCACCACUAGUGUCUGUGAAAUAACGUGUUACUGUCUCUUGCAGAAUAUUCCUCUGUCCUUUCCUCCUGCUCCGGAAGUAUUAAACUUCAGUGCCAAGAAUUAAAUUAUAAAGGUCUUUGUGAACAAAUGGAGGUCUUUGUGAACAAAUGGUCAGUUAAUUUUUAGAGCUUUAACUAUAAAAAGAAUGAAAAUGUGAUAAACAGUCAUUCAAAUGGAAGAGUUAGUACAAUUCUAAACGAAAUAAUACGAAAGAUUUCUUAACACUUGUUAAAUGCAAAAUAUAUUUAGGAGGAAGGCUUAGCAGAAGUGGCUUUAAAAGCCUUGGGAAUGUUAGCCCUGGACAAUGCUUUGUAAGAUGCCAGAAUUAGCUCAUGUACCAGGAGAGGUAAGUUAAUGAGGCCUUUUAAAUUAAGAAUCUUGUCAUUCCUUCAAGGCAAGGAAAGAUGAUGGCAAUAACUUCAAGGUUUCAUUAUUUGAACCUGACUUCUGUUGUUGAUAAAACAUCAUCUUUCCAAAGUUACGAACAGCCAAGUAGAGCUCAUUUGGGCUUGCUUGGCUGACUGAUUAGAUCUGGCUUCUUAUUAGCUUUUAAACAUGAAUUUAUUAUUUUAUUUGUAGCACUUAAAAAUGGGGGUGGAUGGUGGGAAUCACCUGUCUGUUUCCUGCCCUUAGGAGUUUUCAGUGAAAGCUAUCUUCUCAGACUGGUGGUGCCACUACCGGACAUCUUUUCUUUGCUACCACUGUAGUGCAUUUUAGUUUGACACAAGUUCAGAAAUGACUGUGGCACCAAUGAGGUCCUCUUCUCUUGCUCCUGAGCUUUCUGAGUUGAGAAUAAUGUCAUUAUGGGACUACAUCUCCUAAACUGCUUACAGGUCAUAUAAUGUAAUAAAUGUUAAGGAUCAUAAAAAUGGAUGCUUUCAGUUCAAAUGUGGGUGGUUUUUUUGGUCAAUAGUGUCAAUGUAUUCAUAGUAAUCUUGAUACAAGAAAUUUUUACAGUGAGAACCAUCAUUCGCUCACUGGAAGAACCUCCCCAGGGAUGUGGUGGAGUCCCCAUCUCUGGAGGUUUUCUAGAUGCAAUGGGACAGGGUGCUAGAUAAUCUCAGCUGGGCUACCUUUCCCACACAAGGUUGGACCAGAUGAUCUUUCGAGAUUCCUUCCAGCCUGGCCUCUUCCAUGUUGCUGUGAACACCUUUUGUGAAGGUCUGUGUCAGAAGGCCUGUCAUGGUGGACUUUGAGGUCAAACUGCUGAUGUCACAUUUGGGUGACACAGCAGACAAGCUGUAUGGGAUGACUGUCCAGACAGGUUGUUGUACUACAAAGACAACACUACUUGUUUUCCAAGUUCAUUUGAAGGUCCAGGUACUGACCUUACCAGAAAAGUUCCCAUUCCUCAAAUUGGGAUAAAACUGAAACCAAUAAAGCUGAGCAUUGAGUGAGCCAGUGACUGUGAAUAUUGUUGAUGAAGAGAUGAAUAAUAGCAAGAAAAGUGACAAGACACAAAACAAGACAAAAGUGACAACUUCUUGGAGAGGAAAGAAAAAUAAAUGAACUUGAAGCUCUAUUUAACCAUCACACCUUAAAUGAUUGCUGAUAGCAGCAGUGUAAACAAAGUGAGACUAGUUUCAGAAUGCCUUGUAGUAACAAAAUUAGGCUACUUCACCUACAGCAGUGAGUUUAUUUUCCUUGCUGUAGCAGCCACUUUAAAAACUGAAGUUUGGAUUACUUUUUCUUUUUCUUUUUUUUUUCUUUUUUUUUUUUAAAUAAA